CCCAAGGGUAGGAGGGAAGGCAGGGGUGGAGGGGAGCCCAGAGAGUGGCAGGGAAAGAGGAGAGGCGUCCAACACAAAUAUCCCAACGCGCAAAGCAACCCCUCCCUUGGUGCUGCCAGCAGCUCCCUCAGGUGCCUUCUCAGGGAUGACCUUGUGGGCACGCCCGGCCUCCCAGGAUAUAUAACCUGCCCCAGGAGGAAAGAACCCAGAGAGACAGCCCCAAGACAGGUUAUUCCAAGAUGAAGGCUUUCCUUGCGCUCCUGCUGGGAGCGCUCCUGUGCGUGGACUCAGGUUCAUCUCUGAAGUGCUACAGCUGCUCCUCCCAGCUCAGCAACUCCAAGUGCCAGACGGUGAAGACAUGUGAAGAGAACAACGUGUGCAAGACGGAUGUGAUCCGUGUUGUGGGGCUGUUCAGUAUCAUCAGCAAGGGAUGUGAUGCCUCGUGUGAACCAUCCCACCAGGACUUCAACGUGGGCAGCAGGAACAUCUCCUGCUGCACCAGCGACCUCUGCAACGUCAACGCCGCGGGCAGUGUGAGGUCCAGCUACGGGCUGGCCGGAGGGAUCGCGGCCGGAGUGCUCUGGACCAUGCUCAACAACAAAUUUUGAGGAGCAAAGAUGCCUCCCAUGACCACAGAAAGUCUCAGAGCACCCCUCUAAUAACAGGAAUUGUAACCAGGAGCAGUGGGGUGUACACCCAGCACCCUGGGAGCUGAUGGCAGCUCUUUGCCAUAUGAUGGCUUCUGCUUUAAUCUUAUUGCAAAGCUCCAGUGCUACCAGAUAAGGAAAUGUGUGUUCAUGUUAUCUGCAAAACACCUAAAAUAAAGUUAUUUCUCCACCAA